CCUCCAGUCUGUUUGACGCCAGGACGGGUGAUAGACAAGGGAAAGAGAGGCAGGAAUAAAGAGAAAAACUGUGCUUCAUGUCGGUGUCUGUAAAACAGCAAAGGUCGAGAGACGCUACACCAUUUCAUGAAAGGUGCUGGUUAAAACCUGAACCUCGGAGCACAACCUGGCAUGAAUUAGCCUCUAAUAUCUAAUAGCAGUUCCAUACUCCCUAAAUUGCCCUUUACACUAAUUCUCAGCGUAGUUGUGACCCAGUUCAACCCCCCCCACUUCACUGCAGGCCUUCCUGAACCCUGAGCACCAGCAGCUGCGUCCUGCCUCAACUUCCUGUCCUUGGGUUGUGGAAGGCUAAGCCUGUCCUUACCCCCACCCCCCACACACAAACGCGCACAUAAUCAUCUUUCUGGCACACUGCGUGACGAGACGGCUUCAGAUCCUGCUUCCCGGUGCAGCCUGGCACUAUGACCUCCAUGUCCAGCCUGUUCUCCUUCACCAGCCCGGCAGUGAAGCGGUUGCUGGGCUGGAAGCAGGGCGACGAGGAGGAAAAAUGGGCGGAGAAGGCCGUUGAUGCUCUGGUGAAAAAACUGAAGAAGAAGAAAGGUGCCAUGGAGGACCUGGAGAAGGCCCUCAGCAGUCCCGGGCAGCCCAGCAAAUGUGUCACCAUCCCCCGCUCGCUGGACGGACGGCUACAGGUGUCCCACAGGAAGGGCCUCCCCCACGUCAUCUACUGCCGCGUGUGGCGCUGGCCUGACCUGCAGUCCCAUCACGAGCUCAAACCCCUGGAGGUGUGCGAGUAUCCGUUCGGGUCCAAGCAGAAAGAAGUGUGCAUAAACCCCUAUCACUACAAACGGGUGGAAAGUCCAGUGCUCCCCCCUGUUUUGGUGCCACGACACAGCGAGUUCAACCCUCAACACAGCCUGCUGGUACAGUUCCGGAACCUGAGUCACAAUGAGCCUCACAUGCCCCUCAACGCCACCUUCCCAGAAUCCUUCCAGCAGCACAGUGGAGGAAGCUCCUUCCCCAUCUCUCCAAACUCACCCUACCCUUCAUCUCCUGCCAGCAGCGGCACCUACCCCAACUCGCCUGCAAGCUCUGGACCAUCCAGCCCUUUUCAGCUACCAGCUGAUACCCCUCCUCCUGCCUACAUGCCUCCUGAUGAGCAGAUGGGACAGGAAGGGUCUCAGUCCAUGGAGACUGGCAGCAGCAUGGUUCCUCAGAAUAUGCCUAGAGGUGAUGUGCAGCCAGUGGAGUAUGAGGAGCCCAGUCACUGGUGCUCUAUUGUAUACUACGAGCUGAAUAAUCGUGUGGGAGAGGCGUACCACGCUUCCUCCACCAGCGUGCUGGUCGAUGGCUUCACUGACCCAUCCAACAACAAGAACCGCUUCUGCCUGGGCCUACUCUCUAAUGUCAACCGCAACUCUACGAUUGAAAACACUCGCCGUCAUAUUGGCAAAGGUGUCCAUCUGUAUUAUGUUGGGGGUGAAGUGUAUGCCGAGUGCCUCAGUGACACCAGCAUCUUCGUCCAGAGCCGAAACUGCAACUAUCACCAUGGUUUCCAUCCUACAACUGUCUGCAAAAUCCCCAGCGGGUGCAGCCUUAAGAUUUUCAACAACCAAGAAUUUGCUCAGCUGCUUGCUCAGUCUGUCAACCACGGGUUUGAGGCCGUCUAUGAGCUUACCAAGAUGUGUACCAUUCGCAUGAGCUUUGUAAAGGGCUGGGGAGCCGAGUAUCACCGACAAGAUGUUACAAGCACCCCCUGCUGGAUAGAAGUGCAUCUCCACGGUCCCCUCCAGUGGCUGGAUAAAGUUCUAACACAAAUGGGUUCUCCACUGAACCCAAUCUCUUCUGUCUCGUAAUGAUGGCCCCCCUACGGGCCGGGAGGAUUUUUUUGAAGUUUUUUUUCCUAAUACUUCUUCACUUUUGACAGAUAAAGAGGUCUUAAGGGCUGAACUGUUUACACUAUCUGCAGAAGGGUUACUGAUUCACACUGAAAUGGUCAGAACGAGAAGAAUAAACUGGGGCUACAAGCACAUUCUAGGCAGUGACACAAAAUGGACUAACUACUGCUUUAGCAAUUGCCUUUUUUUUGCAUAAAAUUGUUUUAAAAUGAUGCUCGUAUGACUGAUUUUCUCUAACUGUAGGUAAUCUAGUAGAUGAAAUUACAUGCUUUCAUUUAUCUCUACUUCACUACUUAUCACUACUUCGCAGUUGAAAAAGGCAAUUUCCUAGUUCUGUGAGAAUCUUUUUAAUUGCCGUGUUGUCUAAUUCAUUAUUCACAAGGCAUAUUUUUCAUUUAUAAUGUUUACUGUUAGACUCAAAGCUCAUUUCAAAUGUUUUCUUUUUAUAGCUUCUGUUGCCUCAAGGCAAAACACAGUUACUGCUUUUAAAUAAAGUUCUUUUAUCUGAUAAA